CUGGGCCAGGACGAGCACCAUUCCAGCGCAGCAGCGCAGCGUACGAGGAGGCGGGAGCACUAGAGUAUGGCGAUCUGCGUUCCCGGAGUCCCAGUAUCUUUCUGGAGCCACCGACACCGGAUCCCACGCAUGCCCAUUUCGGGCCGGGAUGGGGUCGUCCCAUGUCGCCCAUGGAUUUGCCACCGGAGCGGUCACCGGCACCCAGUGGACCCGGCAGCAAGUCACCCACCGGCGGCAAAUCGAGGCUGCGACCCAAGCUCCAUCUGCCGCUGGGGCGACUGGGGCGAUCCAGCUCCUCGGACACCAAGGAGAGCAACAGACUGCGCGAGGAUGUGCACGUGCACGUGGAGAAUCCGGUAUUUAGUAGCGAGAAUCUGCGCCAGAACAACUUCGAUGCAUUCUUCGAGGCCCGCGAGCCGGUCAUCAAGGUACAGCCUCGCACGCCUCACACGGCGCCGGCGGAUAGCAGGGGUUACUCGCCGCCCCUGCCCCUGGAGAACUAUGCGGGUGUGUAUGACUCACCCAGGACGCGAAGUCCUGCCGGCAAGGGAAGAGGUGGAAGCGGGGCAGAAGGAUUAUUUGCAAGGUCACCCAAGGAAGAGCGCGAGCGGAUGGCCAGCGCUAGAUCCCGGAGUGCGGAUCAAUGUGAUGGAGCCAUGGGAGCGAGUGGCGGUGGCGGCGGCGGCGGCAGCGGUGGUGGCAGUACAACCGGAGCGCCCUCCAAAGGUGACAGGUUCUUCGGUAAAAUCUUCAAGUGGUCGAAGAAGUCGUAGGAGGAUCUUUGGGUGGAGGGGACCACGAGGUGGUGCCCUUAGCCCCCAGGGCGGCAGGAUGGCGUCCUACAACGGCGUGCUCAAGGAUUACAGUCACAGCAGUUUGAACGAGGCUUUCAAAUCCCAGAACAAUGUCAACUUUAAGUUAAUUAAAACAGUAUCCGAUUUCUCCGAAACACUAUCCCGUCUGUAUGAGGAGCACGCGACUGCCCUUCAAGUUGCGGUGUCCAAUUAUCGCAAAAAGAAUGCCGAAUUACGCAAAGAAAGACCCGCCUGCCACUUGGCCAUCUUUCAGGCAUGGGAAACAUUCCUGCAGGAGGUCGAAACGGAUUCACAGGCCUGCAACGACGUGGCCAGCGUCCUCUCCCGCCAGGUGUCGAGACCAAUGCUGGAUAAAUCCUUUCAUCGCAAAGUUCAAAGCCGUAAAAUAUUCACACACAGGGAGUCUUUUGAGACUAUUAUCGCAAAGACUGAAGAGAAGCUGUCAAAGUGCCGGAUGGAGUACAAGCAGUGCCAUCAGGCCCAUCGACAGAAUCCCAGCCAGCAUUCGCUCACCGAAUACAUCGACGCCCACAAUGCGUACGUGCAGCAGCUGCAUGCCACCAAUGGCAUGCUGGAGGCCUACCACUGCGACACCCUGCCCCAGCAGAUGCAGGAGCUGGAGGAGAUCCACAAUGACCUGUGCGGCAUUGUGUCCGACUCGCUGCUGCAGGGCGCCGAUGUAAUUGCCACCAAGGCCAGCGACCAGGCCAAGCGGUACAGCAACCUGACCAGCCAAUGUGGAGCCGUGUCACCUCAACAGGAUCUGGUGAACUUCGUCCGCCUGCUGGCCCAGCCAUCGCAGGCUCAGAAGGUGCCACGGCGGGUCUUUGCCCCACCUCAAGGCGAGCCUGGCGAUGAGGCGGGUGACCACAAUGAGAUGACGCCCUGUCUGAGGAACGAAUUGGUCUUUGACCGGCACUCCACCUUGUCCCAGCGCUCCGCCUUAGAGUCGCUGAAGCGAGAGGCCAUCGAAUUGGAAUUGCAAAUACGUCAGUUGCAGGACUCCAUUGAUGCCCUGAAUCGUACCCAGACACGUGGCAUCGAGGGCCAACUGUACAACAAGGUCAACGAGCUGCAGGAGGAUUUGUCCAUGAAAAAGUUCGACCUAAGGGCCAAGCAAAUCCAUUUGGCAGCCAUAAGGGCUCAGAAGGAUCUGUUCGUGAGCAAAGUUGAGCCAACGUCGCCGCGAAACGAACGCAAAUUCUCCGCUGCCACAGCGCCAUCGAUGAAAACAAAGUGGCUGAAAGCAUUUAAGAGCCUAAAGCCCGCUGGUUCUGGUUCAGCACAACAAGCGGAUAGGCGCAAUGGAGCCUCCAGCACAGCCUCAGAGCCCCUGCGUCCCAAUUUGGAUGGGAGCCAUCAUCUGCAGGAGUACACCUACAAGAAGAUAACGGCCUGCGAUGUCUGCUCCCAGAUACUGAGAGGCCACACACGCCAGGGAUUGCGGUGCCGCAUUUGCAAGCUGAAUGCCCAUGGAGACUGUGCCCCAAACCUGCCGCGAUGCCAGCCAAAGCAAAAGUUGCUGCGACGCCAGAAGAGCACCUCGGAGCUGGAGAAUCGCGUUGAUAUUGAGGAAGAAACUGGAGCCGACAAAUCCGUCCAGGGCAAGAUAUUGGACGGCAGCGUUGUCCCAGUGCCGGUCCUCACCGAACGGGAGAUGGGUCGUGCUCCACCGCCGGAUAUACCCAUUGUCAGUGUCUCGGAGUUGGCCCUGCAGGAGCAACAGAAUGUACAGCAGCAGCAGCAGCAGCAACAUCUCCAGCAGCAACAGAGUCUGGCAUCGGUGGCGCAGGCGGCGGCGGUACGUGCCGGCCGUGGAGUCCGUCCGCCACCGGUGGCCAUGCCCAUUUUGGGCGUUCAGUUGCAACAGCAGGAGUUGCAGCAGCAACGCGGCGGACUGCCGGUGCCCAGCCAAGAUAUAUCUAGUAGCUCAGCACCGCACUCACCGCGCCGCCAAAAGUUGAAUUUACGCAUGAAAUCCUUGAGCCUGGACUCGCCCGAAUCCUCGGAGCUCCAUGGCCAAUUCAGGCGAAGGGCCCAGCUCCCCGGGACGGGUGCCUCAACGUCCGCCGGUUCCGGUGCCGGUUACUACCACGGCGGCUCUGGAGGCCAUCUGGAGCACAGUACUCCGCCAUCGAACAACAGCCGUCUGCACUCCCCGUCGAGCCCCUCGCAUCCGGGCCGGAAGCUGCUCUAUGCCACAAGGGGCAUGCGUGGCGGCAGCGUCGAUCUGCCGGAUGAAAUGGAGAAGUCACAAUCCUCGGCCAGCACCUCGCCGUGCCUCUCACCCAAAACCCAUCGCCUGCUGCCUACGAAUCUGUACGUCAUCAUCUACAACUUCAAGGCGCGGCAUGCCGAUGAGCUGGAUCUCAAGGCGGGCUACAAGGUAACUGUCAUCGAUAACUCGGACCCUGACUGGUGGAAGGGCAAGGUCCUGGGCCGCGUUGGGUACUUCCCAUCCAAGUACUGUGUACGUUUAAAUGCCAACGAGAAGCCCCUCCAGGUGACCCACAACCUCCAGGUUUCGGAUAGCGAGCGUGGCGAGAAUCUCACCCUGCUGCGUGAUCAGAUCGUCAUUCAGACCGGCGACGAGGUCAACGGCAUGGUUAUGAUCCGUGCCGCAGAGCACGGGCAGGGCUACUGCCCGAUCAAGUAUCUGCAGGAGGUGUGACAGCCAGAAGAGGACGAGCCGCCAUCCGACGAGCGGGACAGACCGCACAAGUCAUCCCUGCAGACGUCGUCGCGGACAGCGGACAAGACCAAGCGUAGGAUUAGAAUUGUAGUGUCCGAGAAUCACAGUCUAGCUGGUAGUAGCGUUGCACCCGCAUCCACAUCCGCAUCGGCACCAUCCGUAACCACAUCCGCCUCCAUGCACCACCUGAGCCAGUAUCAUCAUCACCACCAUCAAGUUCCCCGCGAGUCCGACACGGAGACGAAGCGGCUGAACAUCGACUAUGGCGACGAGUCCGGCAGCGCCGACUGGGACAAGGAUCGAGAGGUCCUGAUCCUCUCGGGAAGGCGGAAUAAGAACGACAAGAACUGGGAGAACUGGGAACGAAUCCGUGAACAGAAGCUGGAGAAGAUGAAGGGCAUCUGCUUCGAGAGCUAUCGCCAGUCGAAGCGGGACAAGCUGCUGCAGGCCAAGCCAAGGCCCAAGCAGCUGGAUCCCACCUGGUACACGGACAACAUCUAUUCGAAUCGCUCUGAUGACAUGGACGAGGAUUAUGUUCCCGAUUGCCUCAAGUAUGGGACCUUCCGCACUCUGCGCGACAUCCACGAGCUGGACGAGAAGAGUGGUGUCUCAGGAGCCACGGAGAAGGAGCGCCGCGGUGAGGGUGAGGGAUCCCCGGGAUAUGGUCUGCACCGCUCCAAGAGCUGCAAGGAGUUCCAGUAUCCCAAAUCUCAGAGCUGGUGCUUCGAGGGCAAUGUCUUUGAGGCGGGCGGCGGUGUGGCCAGUGGCAGUGGCAGUUCCGGUGGUCCCGGUGCCACUGCUCCGCCUGCGGCCACCACUUCCAUCCUGAAGAAUCGGUCGGGUGUGCCCAAGUCAUACUCCUUCAGUGCCACCACCAAGACCAUGCCCUUUGACAUCAUCGACUACGAGCUGCCCCCCGCCUCGAAUACGCGCCGUGAGAAGCGGGAAGCGUACCGCCGGAACAUGAAUCAGCUGUGCAGCAGCAGUCUGGACCGCUGCUGUGCCAGGGAUCAGUGCACCAGUGCCCGGUGCCUGCUAGAGGAUAUCUAUCCGGGUUCAAGGAUGCGACCUAGAGCACCGGGAGCGGGCAGUAGCCGCAAUCUAAGUGCCGCCGAUUGGCUGUUCGAGGAGCGGGGAGGAGGCGGAAGGCUACCGCCCAGGAUACCAGCCACAGCGCCCACGGUCAUCUGCUGCUGCUCUGCGGCAGAGGAUUGCUGCUGCCAUCGACAGCAGCAACGGCAACAGGCACCGCCUUCGGUCUCGGGGCGUUCCCAUGCCAGGCCACAUUGUCCCGGUCAUCAUCCCGCCGCCGAGGAGGAGGAGCAUAUGCACUGCCGCUAUGAUACCGAUCUGGAGCAUUUUAUACGCGCCGAAAGGGAACGACUCCUGCUGCAGGACAAGUUCCUGGACGAGGAUGAGCGGUAUUUAAGUGCAGCUGCUCCAAGGAGUCCUGGUCGACGCUAUGUCACAUCGGGAAACUAUCAACGCCCCCCGCGUAGCAAGUCCCUGCUGGAGAUGCAGCCACAUCCGCAGGCCACACUGUUCGACGAGGAUACCUGCUCGGAUACCACUGAGAUUGAUCUGGAGGAUUUCAACAUAGAUCUGGAGAAGUACUGGGAGCAGCUGGACAAGCCACCCAGUCCCAUCAACAUGGACAUGCGCCGGAAUAUGCACAGCAGCCUCAAGGUGAAGAAUGUGAAUGUGAGAUGCUAUAAUAAUGGCCAGCCCAUAGAUCUCCAUGACAGGGAACACGAGCGGCUUAUGAUCAAGAAAUCCCUGCUCGAGGGUAUGCCAUCGCCGCCGCAGCUCGAUUCCAGUGAGUCCUCGACCAACGUUGGUGGUGGCUAUCAUCCAUUUUUUGACUCUGCGCCCGCGCCAGCUCCUGCCUUCCAGCACCGUUCCUCCUAUGGCCAUAAUCCGCUCACCCAAGGCUAUGGUCACAAGGUGUAUCCCACGGUGGAUACGUUGCCCUCGUAUCAGUACAACAACUUCUAUCCAGAGCACUCGGGACACUCGACGGUGGGCAGUGUGCUGACCCAACAGCCGCCGGCGGGCAUCCAUCAUCCAUCGGCGGGUGGUCACUCGGCCCUGAGUCUGAUCAACAACAUCUUCUCCAUUUACAAGCCCAACAAGUAUUCGCCGGAGAACUGCCAGAUGAACUAUGAGAGCAAACCGGAGCCGUGCAAGAAGAUGAAUAUGCCCAGCACCCGGCGUCCCCUGGGAGGAGCCUCGAUUCAGCAGCAUCCCAUGCAGCAUCCUCCCCACGACUAUGUCCACUCCUCGAUGAAGCGACCGCUGCUGGUGAGUGCCGAUCAGCCGCACUUUAAGAUCAUACCCGAGAAGACGGGUUUGAAGAUAUCCCCGCUGCUUAGCUACGAGGAUUACGGCGGGGGAGAGAAGGCCAGCCUUCAUCAUCACAGGCUGAGUAGCACGGCGCGGCCUCUGAUGCUUCCGCACUGAUGGUGCUGGACCUUUCCGUGGUAUGGCAAUGGCAAUGGCAAUGGCAAUUACUGCUAGGUUGGGCAAGCCCUAACACUAACUAACUAACCCCUCAGACCCUCAAAAUAAAAUAAGAAAAGACUCGCGAAUAGCAAAACCCAAGCGCACAAACUGGGUCCAGCCAAGGAAGGGAGGAAGCUGGGCAGGAUCUUCGAGGCUCAACUUCCGCUUUCCCUUAACUUCACACCACCAACUCGCCGUCUUCUUCGUCGUCGUCGUCGUCGUCGUCCAUCCGCACAAGUGUUCCAUCGAUGCAUUGAUCCUUGAGAGGAGACCAAAUAACAACAACAACAACAGCCAUACCAUUGGAAACAGCACUCAGACACCAAGAACAACAAACAGACAGCCGAAAAAAAGAAUACAAGACCAACUUAGGCAAGGAUAUCAGAUGUCAGAUAUUUGAAGAUGUCAAAGGGACAAGCGUAGGCUUAGUAGUAACGAUUUGAUUAGGAUUAACUCGCAAACAGGAUACCCUACCAUUCCCCCUCGGACUCACACAUAUGUAUACAAUCAAUGUGCUUUUAAUUCGCUUAAAAUCGCUAAAAAUGAAAUACAGUUCGCUAACACAACAACAAAUACAAAAUCCAACAACAGAUACACUAAUUUUCGAGCAACUUUUAAGCAAUCAAGACGCGUUUUCAAAUAGAACGAAGCGUAGACCUAAGUCGGUAUUAUAUAUAUAUAUAUAUAUAUAUAUCGUUCAUAUCGCGUUUCAUAUUCCAAUAUGAACAGACACACAUAUUGUAUACCUUAAACUCUGUAGCAAGCUAAACGGAUUUUAUUCGGAAGGAAUAUAUAUAUAGAUCUCUACCUGGACUUUAAACGUCUGCGGGACUUAUUUCGCGAUCAUUUUGAGGAGAAAAAAAAACUAGAAAACUAAAAGGAGAACCGUUUUUAUUGUUACCAAAAAUUUUUUCUAUUUUUUAUACCAAACAACUUUGAAUCAACUAAACGGAUUGAGAAUGAGAUCAAGAGUUCACCAGCUAGGAUCGUUAGGGCUAGAAAGAAGCUUUCUCCAUGAGUUGCGGCUACUAGAAGGGAUUAUAAUACGGAAUACCAGUGCAUAUGCUAUGCUAUAUAUACCAAAAAUAUAUAUAUAUAUAACAGUAUGAGCUAUAUGAGCUAGGGAUUAUUUAUGGGAGGACUCGAUAGAAGCGCUUUUUGUAAACUAACUAGAUUUGUAUCGAAAUGUGAAACAUUGAAUAUGAUAAAACAUGAAUUGUACUUUUAUGAUGUAUGCGUAUCCACUGGCCUUAUUUAUUGAAAAAGUAACCAAAAAAUAUAAAUAAAAAUAAAAAACAAUGAGCUGAACCCUCUCACACCACAAAACACACUGACACAGACACAUGCAGAAUAACAACUUGAGAAUUACAAGCAAAUUGAAUUUUCACAAAGAUUUUAGCUUAAGGCUUCGCGUCACCUUUUGUUAAUUGUUUUUUGGCGUCCAAUUUUACAUGAUAACUAACGUAGGACUCUAGACAAAACAACAGCAACAACAACAAAUCGAAACUAUCGAGCAUAGAUUAACAACUAUCGAGUAUUUUGUAGUGCGUAAGCUAAACUAAAACCCAAAACAAAAAAUAACUAUAAACCAAAUGAGAAGCGAGAAGAUUUUGAAUUUGAAUUUAUUUUUAACGACUUUUGAAUACAAUGAUGAUGACAUUUUAUCAGAGAUCGUUUUUUAUCUAUUUAACAUUUUCUUGAACCACAUACAACAAACAAACAACAACUAUUUGCUAAGUGUACCCUAUGGCCUAUGAGUUAGUUAGUAAGAGUAACGAGUUUUUCCAAGCCCCAAAAACCCCGCUUUGACCACUGGACCGAAAAUACAGAUACAGAUACAAGAUACAGAUACAAGUGAGGAGAGAUACAGAUACAGGACAGAAGGACAGUAUGACACGCGGGGGAAAUUCUGCACAAAACCCAAUCUAAGAAAUAUCCAUAUACUGCACCCAAUUAAUUGUACGAUAUAUAUAUAUCGAGUAACGAGUAAAGAGUAACGAGUAUUUACGAUCACAUCUAGCGAGUAAGUUAAGAAAGAUGAAUUGUAUUGUAAAAUGAAAUGGAAUCGACAAACACGAAAACGCCCAAAUCUUAUGAGUAUGUAAGCAAAGCCGAAAAUAUAAAAUUCAAACAGGAUAACCGCUGGCCCCAAUGGCCGCCGGGACAUCUAACUGCUGAAAUUGGCAAUUAAGUAUAUAGUAAUACACCACACACACCACACACACCAUAUGUAUGUACAAUGUAGUAGAAUUUUCGACUAAACUAGACCGAAACUUGGCAAAAGUAGCGCCUCAUCUGUGCAAGUCCAAGGAUCCCCGAGAGUCCUUCGAUAUUAGAGAUUCCAAAAUCGAAUUGGUACUCGUUCGUUUUCACGGGGACCAUGGCCUCACUUCACGGAGCAGCUUCUCGUUUUUUAGUGUAAAUUUUUUGGUUUUACAUAAGCGUAAGGAGCAGCAGGAUUAGAUUGAAUGCAGCUUCCGGAAAAGGAGGAGGUCUCACUAGCAACUAGCUAGCAGAAAAUACUUGUAAACAGUAACUAGAAAAAUGGAACAAUAUAAUAUCAGAGCAACGUAAUAUAUCAGUUAAAAAAAAAGUAAGACAGCGAGAAUUCAACUCAUUUAGCACUCACCUGCAAUUUGAAUGUGAAAAGCAAGACACUCUCCCCUCAACCCCAUUGUCCCCCAGCUUCUCCGAUGCGACCCCAUUAAUUUACCUGAAUUGCAAAUAAAACA